GUCGCGCAGCCUCGGCGGAGCCCGGGAAGCGCUCGGGCGAAGAGGAGGAGCCAGGGGCACCGAGCGGGUGGAGUCGGGAGCCAGAGAGCGGUGGAGGCGGAUUUCCUGGGCCCGGCUCGGUGGGGCUACUAUGGCGUUUGGGAAGAGUCACCGGGAUCCCUAUGCGACCUCCGUGGGCCACCUCAUAGAAAAGGCUACAUUUGCCGGAGUUCAGACUGAAGAUUGGGGCCAGUUUAUGCACAUCUGUGACAUAAUUAACACUACCCACGAAGGGCCAAAAGAUGCAGUAAAAGCUUUGAAGAAAAGGAUUUCCAAAAACUACAAUCAUAAAGAAAUCCAACUUACCUUGUCACUUAUUGACAUGUGCAUGCAGAACUGUGGUCCAAGUUUCCAGUCCCUGAUUGUGAAGAAGGAAUUCGUUAAAGAUAGUCUGGUUAAGCUGCUGAACCCCAGAUACAACUUACCCGUAGACAUUCAGAAUAGAAUCUUGAAUUUCAUUAAGACUUGGUCACAAGGCUUCCCAGGAGGUGUGGAAGUAAGUGAAGUGAAAGAAGUGUACCUUGACCUUCUUAAGAAAGGUGUUCAGUUUCCUCCCUCAGAUGCAGAGGCUGAAACAGCAAGACAAGAGACCGCUCAGAUCUCCUCGAACCCGCCAUCAUCUGUUCCGUCUGCACCAGUUCUUCCUUCUGUGAUUGUUCCCAAGAGCUCUACUAUUACCUUGGUCCCAGAACAGAUUGGAAAGUUGCACAGUGAAUUGGAUAUGGCCAAAAUGAACGUGAGAGUGAUGUCUGCCAUACUGAUGGAGAACGUUCCUGGGUCUGAAGACCGUGAAGACAUGGAGCUUCUGCAGAAGCUUUAUAAGACGUGUCGGGAGAUGCAGGAGAGGAUCAUGGACCUGCUUGUGGUGGUGGAGAAUGAAGAUGUAACCGUUGAGCUAAUUCAAGUGAAUGAGGAUUUGAAUAAUGCCAUCCUUGGAUAUGAGAGAUUUACUCGGAACCAACAAAGGAUUUUGGAGCAAAAGAGGAACCAGAGGGAAGAGGCCAAUACUAUCACUGGACCUUCUGCCCCAUCCUGUGAUCUCAUCGACCCAAGGCUCAGCCCUCUAAUGCCAACGGCCACUCUGGGAGAACUCAACACUGUGAAUGCUCAGCUUGCAGACUUAAAUUUCAGGUCCCCAAGUCCUGUUGUAACGAACAACUUGGAACCCAGUCUGCAGGUGGAUUUGCUAGCCUUGGAAGAUACAGAAACACCCCUGUUUGCCCAAAGGACUGGCCAAAACGUCACUGCAAAUCAUACCUAUGAGAGUUUUCCAGAAUAUUCAAAUUCAGUACUACUACAGCCAGUUAAUGUGCAGAACGUUCCAGCAAUACUGUCAAGCCAGAGACUGCCGUCCUUGCCCGCUGGCCAUGCAGCAGUGACAGAGAAUGAUCUGCAGCCACCCAAUUACUAUGAGGUAAUGGAGUUUGAUCCCUUGGCUCCCGUUGUCACUACAGAAGCUGUUUACGAAGAAAUUGAUGUUCAUCACCAGAAAGGAGCUCCAAGUCAGUGAUUGUUGAGGUGCCACCUCUCUAAAAGGUAGACCCUGCGCAGCUUGGAGGCCCAGAAGACCAGACGUACCAGCACAUCAGAACCCUGGGGGAAC